GUGAUACAAGAUAUGCCACAGAACAACUAAGGUAUCGAAAAUUAUCACAAUUGUAUAAUAGAUUUCCAAAAGAAGACCCCUUGAUCAUCUUAAAACAACCCAAGAGCUUCCUGAAAUACUAAAAAUAGAAAGCACCAUUUAUGAUUGUCAUCUGGGAUCUUUAUUAAUUUGUGACUGCUCUCAGUUUUGAUGUAAUGUGGAGGAGAUUAAUACCAUGACACUUAUCUCCUUGGCAAUAUCAUAACUAACACGAAAUAAUAAUACGUUCAAUCACUUUAAAUAAAACCACAAAGAUGUGUACAUUACUGGUUACAAUCUUGCUAGAAAUAAAGGAAAUUAAAUGACAUUGCUUGACAUGCAGCAGUAUAAACGUAUGUGUGUAGUCAAAGGAGGCGUGUACAGAUGUUAAUGUCGGAACUGACGCCAAAAAGCAAUGUGCAUAAUGUCUUGUUUUACCUGUCACGCGCUGCAUUGGACACUUUGACAGGAAACGACUGGGCCGCCUGGCGGCGUGUUUGUGAACUGCACCAGCACGCGUCAACUCUGAGGACGGCUGCUGUGAUUGGCUGUCGUUAAUCACGUGUUUAUUGUGAAGAUGGCGUCUCCAAAUGGAGGUGACGAUUUUGAGAGCUCUUUGCUGAGUUUUGAGAAGUUGGACCGAGCGUCGCCCGACCUGUGGCCAGAGCAGUUGCCUGGAGUUGCAGAAUUUGCUGCAUCUUGUAAAAAUCCCAUCAAUAAUUCACCCCCCAAAUGGAUGGCUGAACUAGAGAGUGAGGACAUUGAAAUGUUGAAAGAGCUGGGUAGUCUGACCACAGCCAACCUGAUGGAGAAGGUCAAAGGGCUUCAGAACCUCGCUUACCAGCUGGGCCUCGAGGAGUUGAUUGCAAGCGUUCUUGGGGACAGCAUCACUGGACCACCUGUAGCACCGGCGAGCGCCGUGAUGCCGCAUGGCGUCGGCCCAGGCUGACCUCGGUGGCUUCCGCCUGUGUGAAGCCAGGGAAAUGACCAGGGGCAAGUUCCUGAACAUCUUGGAGAGGCCCAAGAAGUGACGUGUUGUUGGAGUAGCAGGCGACGUGGGACCCUCUGUAUAAACAAAAUAAACAAAAUGGCGCUGUGCCAACGGCUGCUUGUUUCA